AUGACGAGCUACGUAUAUACAGCACUACCGAAUCCAAGAAAGUACAUGAGGCUGCUGAAGCUUUUCCCAAGCUCCGACCCUGAGCCAGAGAGACUUCGCGCCGAGGUUAUUCUCUGUCUGCGCGAAGAAGCACCAGCAUACGAACCAUUGUCCUACACCUGGGGCCAGCAAGACGCGUCAUGCUCAAUCUGGCUUCGAGAUACCGGAAAUACCGCAUGGAAACCUUUCUCAAUAAGACCGAAUCUCGAGUCAUGUCUCAAGCAUCUACGUCAGGAAGAAGCCCGCAUCUUGUGGGUUGAUGCAAUCUGUAUCAACCAAGACGACAAUGCAGAAAAGGGGCAUCAGGUCGCGACCAUGGAUUUGGUCUACAGAUCUCAAAGCCUUCUGAUAUGGCUAGGGGAAUCUUCAGCGAAUAGUGAGGUUGCAAUUGACCUAUUUCGAUCGUUUGCAACUUGCCUGAGCAGAGAUUGGCACGAAGUGUCUGCUCCGUUGUCCGACCAAGAUACCGAGGCGGUGGCUGAAUUUAUUCAAAGUCAAACGGACGAAACAUGGGCGGCAUUCCUUGAUCUAAUUAAGAGACCUUGGUUCACUCGGCGCUGGGUCGUUCAAGAGGUUGUCUUAUCUCACCAUAAACUCGUCCACUUGGGCAGUGCGAGCUUUUGUUUCGCAUAUCUCAGUGUUUUCUGUGCGAUUUUUCGGGGCAAUCCUUACCAUUCACGCAGGGAAUUGUCUUCGAGUCCUGAAUGCCGGAGGGCUCAUGGUGAUCAUUAUGAUAUCCACGACUACCCAGCGCCGCCCGUGGAUCCCGUCGACAACGUUUUACGACUUUGGGAAAUGCACAAAUUAGUGAAUAAAGGAGACAGGUCAUCUCUUACACUAGAGAGGCUCUUGGAAAACUUCUCAGCAUUCGAUUCUUUUGAUGUCCGAGACGGUGUGUAUGCAUUCUUAUCUAUGGCAAGCGACAUCAACACGGAGGAAUGGAUUUUCGACUAUUCGGUCCAAGCAACGACGACUGAACUGUAUGCCAUAGCGACAUUUCACAUCAUACAAAACACCAAGAAGCUCGAUAUUGUCUGUAGACGAAUACAGCAAUUAUCCUUCGCUAAAUCAGUUCAUCAUUUAUCUUGCUGUUUUCCAUGGUAUGGCCUCCAAACAGUCAUUUUCACAUCCGAUCAUUCACACCGGCUCCAUUCACACCGGCUCCGUGGGUACAAUACAAAAUCCUUGACGACAUUCGGUCAGCCUUUAUCCACAGUGAGGAUCGGCCAAGUUGAAUACCUACCGGAGACCUGCCUAAGUUGCAAGGAGCCACACUGCCAAAUCCUAGUUUGUGCCGGAUGCGACCGCAAAAUCACCGGCACCGGCUACAGAUGCAUCGAUUGUGAGCGCUUUGACUUCUGCUACAAAUGUAUAAGCACAGCGAAAGUCAAUCACACUCCGACUCAUCGAUUCGAGAUACACAACAAUGCGGUUUACUUUGCCUCUAGUUACUACAUCAUGGACACUCACGGAUUGAAAUAUCAUGAUCCUGAUUGCUCGGCCCCCAACCACGUUUUGGUGCUCCCUGUAGGGGCCGUCUUUGUCGACACAAUCCGGGACGUUGGGUCAGGAGGCGAUAUCAAGGCCUUUUCUGUCAUAGUCAUAAUCUCCCUGCCUUGGGAAGACUGGAAGAACUUGGAUGGAAUGGAUGAGAUUGGUCUUGACAAUGACAGAAAUGCAAAUGCCGCAUUUCUCAGAACUCUAGUAGUCUUUGGGGUUCGUGCCAUCUCAGACGAAAGUGGGAGAUAA